UCUCAACAACAAAAAAAUCUAAAAAGAAAUUAUCUGAUGGUACCACGUCCACAUCGACCGGAAAAAAGAAAUCGAAAAAAUCCAAAAAAUUGGAUGCUGAAAAAGAAAAUAUUUCGGUGUGAGUUGAAAGUUUUAUCGGGGCAAACAAUGAAAUUCAACAAUACUAACACUAACAACACCAACAAAGUUAAUCUAGGAACAAAUCGAAUCAAUAAUUUGUCGAAUUUAACAUCUAAAAUGGUUCUAAACAAUAACAUUGAGAACACAACAAUACCAACAAACAGUCCUCCCACGGCUGCUUCGAUCAUCAAAAAAACAAUGAAUCAUCAACAAAAAUACACAAUAAAAAAUCAAACAAUUGUACUUUGCGAAAAUGAAUUAAGCGAGAAGAAUUCCAGUAUAAUUCGAGAUAGUCCUUUCACACAUCAACAAGAGCAGACUCAAGAAAAAAAUCCCCAAGAAGAAAUUUCAUUUCAACAACAUCAUGAAAGGGAUGAAAAUUUCCUAACAGAUUUUAGCAGUAGUAUGGCAUCAAUGACCCAUAUAAACCGUAUAAGUGCGAGUGAGAAAACCGAUGAUGCUAAAAAUCUCAUCAACGAUUGGAGAAACUUCACUAAUGUGAGGAAACAAAACAAUAUUGGAGUCAUUUCUAAAAAGUUUCUAUCAACCAGUAACAAUGUUUUCACGUCAAGUGAAUUUUCAAAUGGCGAUUGUGUUGGUGUUAAUGAAACCGUUCAACAACAGCAGUUACAUCAAUACAAUGUAAAUCGUAAUGUUCGAUUCUCAUUAAAUAUUCAGGAAGAAAAGUGCAAUUUUGUUAUUAUAAAAACAAACGAUACUCCCAAACAUAACAAUAUUGACAAACCCCACGAAUUGUUGAAACCCAAAGCGGGACAACAACGGGAACAUGAAGUCCUGAUUGGUAGUAACAAUAGAAGUAGAUAUAGUACUUUUGGAAGCAGCAGAGAAAAUAUUGGAGAUGGUGAAUUACUUAUAGAUGUUAAAAAAUUGAGGAAGCUAUACCAGGAUAACCAGCAAAUAAGCGAGCAGAAAUAUUCGCUAAGCGUGUAUCGAAAUCCUGUUCGAAUAUCACGGGAAGUAAGCGUCAAAACGUUGUGUCGUAGUUUCGGGGAUUUAACGAAUUUGGCAAGUGACAAUUGUAAAAAGCAAGACAGCGUGAAUGAUCUCAAGCGUGCUAAAUCUGUUAGUGAUAUACUUGAAAAGGAUCAAGCCCGUAUAAUAUCAACUGGUAUAUCAGUAAAGGCUUUGCGGGAUAGUUAUUGCAGUUUAGUUGGAGUGGGAACACAGGAGAGUAGCAUUCGUAGUUAUAGUGGUUUCAAGAAAUCAAGCUUCAGUAAAUUUGAUGCAUUGCAAAAAAAGAACAUCUUACAUGUGAGAUCAAGUGAUGCUGGGCGAGCGCAGGAGAAAUUCAAUGAUGCUGCCCCGGAAUUGGAGAAAAAAUGUCGUGCAUGCGGAAAAAUUGUAUACAAAAUGGAGGAGAUGAAAGCCGAACGGAAUACAUGGCACAAAAAUUGUUUUCGUUGUAAUGAAUGCGGCAAACAACUGAAUGUGGAUAGUUACCAGAGUCAUGAGAGUGUUUUGUAUUGCAAACCACAUUUUCGUUCAUUGUUUGCACCAAAAGCAGUCGAGGAUAAUGAACCUGUACGACCGCGGAAACCUGAACUAAUUAUCCGAGAAAAUGAACCGGCCGAAUUACCGCCAGAUGUUAUACGUGCAUCAGACAAACCUGAUUUAGGUUUGGAUGAACUUCAGCAGCUGAAUGUACGAGAACGUUUUCAAGUUUUUGAACACUAUAAGGACCGGACAAAGGAGGAAGAGGAUUCAAAAACUCGUGACCGUUCCCCAACUGGUGUCAAACGAAGCACAUCUAUUUUGUCCAAAUUAGCAAAGUUCCACGCCAAAGGAAUGAAUACCGGUCUAAACGACGAAUCCCUAUCUGGUGUUCCUUAUGAAGAUUCAAGUGACGAAGAGGACUACAAUAAUGAAGAGGAUGACAUUGAUGAUGACAACGAAGAUGCUGAUUUAAUCCGGGCCAAACGAGCCCAACGGGAACGUCCCAUAAGCUUCCGAAAUAUGAGUGAUAUCAAAUCGAAAUUUGAAAAUGGUCACAUGAUGAGUCGCGAGGAGCGCCGCGAGGAACGAAAACAAGAAAUCCAAAACAUACGUUCUCGUUUAUUCAUGGGAAAGCAGGCUCGUAUAAAGGAGAUGUACCAACAAGCUGUCGCAGAUAGCGAGCAAGCUAUUACAUCGUCGGGCAAAAAACCUGAAAUCGACAUUGGUGACAAAGCUCGAACCCUUAAGGAAAAAUUCGAAACAGGUGAGGUCUUCAAACAGGGUAAAGAAGGUAGUGGAGAACAUAGACUUCAGGAUGAUGAAAUGGAAGUAUUCGAGCAAGGGAUCAGCAAACAGUCACGAUCGAUUUUCCAGAAUUUGGAUGCAUCACAGCAACAAGCCCCUCUACCAAAUCAAGGCCCUAGAACGCCCGAUACGAAAAAACAACAACAAGUAAGAAAAUUACAGCCGGACAAGUCCAAGCCAUUCUUAGGUACUGGAGAAAUCGUAAGAAGCACAGAUAAAUCGGACGACAUCAAAAUUGAAACAUCCGAGGUAUCAUCGAAAUUCCGAUUUUUCGAACAGUAUCGUCCAACUGAAACGGAACGAAAACCCUUCCGUAUUACACCACCACGUGAGGGUGUGGUCAAAACAGCCGAUUCACCUGAACCUGAAAUCUAUGUUGAUCCUGAUGUAGUUCGGUCAGAAGGACGAACAGAUGAUUCAACGGUAGCAGCGAAAACUCAUACCGCUACGAAAAUGCUGUCAAUAUUUCGUCAAAUGGAAGAAUCUAAAAAUAAACGUAGCGAGUUUGACGAAGUACCGAAGCCAUUGAAACGAUUUACUCCACCUCCAGAUGGUAACCGACGAGUAUAUAAUGAUGAAGAUAGUGAUGAAGAUGAAGAGGAUGAUGAUGAAGAGGAGGAGGAAGAAGAGGAGGAAGAAGAGGAGGAAAGUGAAGAGGAGACUAAACAUAAUCGAUAUGAUGAUGAAUUCCUGCGGCAGGCACAGUCAGCUGCAAGAGCGAAACAACUUCGAGCGAAAUUUGAAAAAUGGGAAGCCAAUGAAAUACGACGCGAGAUGAACAACAGCAAUAAUAACAGUGCAGUGAAUUUAUACGAGCAACACUACGAUGAUAACGAGGAAGGACAAGUUGAAAGCGCCAAAUCGUUACGUGCAAAAUUCGAAUCAUUGCGAGAGACCGCGAAUACUCCAACAAGGCCUCGGGUCCAAGUUAAUCGGUUUGUGUAAACAGUUUGGCUAAAAAAUGGCGGAGAAAACGCAUGAUAACAAUAAUUUCACUUGAAAAUCAGCCUCUGCCGUUAGUCGUUACUAAGGUUUUGUGUAAAACAAAACCUUUCUUAAUAUAUCUUCAAAACGAAGGAUUUUAAUGUUUAAUUAAUUCUCGUAAUAUUAGUUGAAUAAAGUGCAAUUUUUUAGUAAGAGAGGAAUUAUUCAAAAAUUUAAAAGAAUAUCCAGAGAAAUAAUAUAAUAAAUUGCAUUUUAUUUUAAUACUAAAAUUUGUUUAAAUAAAACAAAAAUUACCAAAAUAAUUUUAUUCAAAAUCUAUUCAAAUGUUGAAAUCAUUCUUACAUUUUUUUAAAAUAUAUAAUUCAAAAUUAAACGGAAAAUAACAAUUCAUAUUUAUAUAUUAAUUAUAACAAAAGUUAUUUCAUCUUUUAUAUCUCUACAUAUAUUCGUUAUUUAUUUGUAUUUAUAAUAUUUGAAAUAUGAUUAUGUUGUUUCAAUUUUUUUUAUCAAGAAAAGAAAAAAAAUUAAAAGAUAAAUAAAUCACAAAAGUGUCAAACACGA